AUGGAGGUAGCUUCUGCAUCAGGGAAUAGUCAAAGACUACUUCAUCUGAUACGCAGCACCGGAGGUCGUCGCAUACCGGUCAGUGAAAUCAUUUGCGAUAAAAGUGAACAGAGCAUCCACAAUAAAGAACAACGACUUGAUCGCUGGGCAGCGUAUUUUGGUGAACAGUUCAAUUGGUCUAGUGCUAAUGUGGUCAUUCCAGCAAUUGCGGCGGAAACUCCAUGGGUGGUAACAUGCACAAGCUACAACGGAUUCGCAAACGAUGAUCUUUCUACUAGCGUGGCCGGGCUGAGCAAAACGGAACUGGAACAAUUACUUAACGAUACAGAAGAAAUCAAGAAGAUUGCGAAAAGUAGCAGUCAGGUGAAAAAGUCAAUUGCAGAUAAAGAGUCUCUGAUGCAGCAAAACCGUCGAUUGGCCGAAACGAAUCUGGCUUUGGAACCACAAUUCUUGGUGAAAAAGCACGACUUAGCUGAUCUCUAUCAACGACUGUCCGAGGCUCGAGAACGGUAUGCAGAUCUGAAAUCGCGAAUAGAUGCGUUGGGCUCCAACUAUAAUCCGAGUACCAUACUAGCCUUGAUCCAAGCUGCCAACGCUGAAGCAGAGGAAGGAUCUGAAGUAAGUCAGCCCUUCAUAUCCCAGUGA